AUGAAAGCUAAGGCUGGCGGCAGCUCUGGUUAUCUGAUUCUGACAGCAACGGCAGCGAAGAUGAUGGAGAGGAGGCAGGAGGCGAGAAGAAGGCUGGAACCCUUCACACCCCUUCACACCCCUUCACCUCGCUCCUCACACCCCUUCACCUCGCUCCUCACACCCCUUCACCUCGCUCCUCACACCCCUUCACCUCGCUCCUCACACCCCUUCACCUCGCUCCUCACCCCUUCACCUCGCUUCACCUCGCUCCUCACACCCCUUCACCUCGCUCCUCACACCCCUUCACCUCGCUCCUCACACCCCUUCACCUCGCUCCUCACACCCCUUCACCUCGCUCCUCACACCCCUUCACCUCGCUCCUCACACCCCUUCACCUCGCUCCUCACACCCCUUCACCUCGCUCCUCACACCCCUUCACCUCGCUCCUCACACCCCUUCACCUCGCUCCUCACACCCCUUCACCUCGCUCCUCACACCCCUUCACCUCGCUCCUCACACCCCUUCACCUCGCUCCUCACACCCCUUCACCUCGCUCCUCACACCCCUUCACCUCGCUCCUCACACCCCUUCACCUCGCUCCUCACACCCCUUCACCUCGCUCCUCACACCCCUUCACCUCGCUCCUCACACCCCUUCACCUCGCUCCUCACACCCCUUCACCUCGCUCCUCACACCCCUUCACCUCGCUCCUCACACCCCUUCACCUCGCUCCUCACACCCCUUCACCUCGCUCCUCACACCCCUUCACCUCGCUCCUCACACCCCUUCACCUCGCUCCUCACACCCCUUCACCUCGCUCCUCACACCCCUUCACCUCGCUCCUCACACCCCUGCGCCUCACUCCUCACACCCCUUCACAUGGUUUUGCCUGCGUUGAAGUGGGGAGACGUGGGGGGUGGGAGGGGGGGAGUGGGAAUGAGGGCAUGA